AUGGAGGAGCAGCUUAUCACUGCCGUGAGAGCGAGCAUGAGCGACAGAGCGAGCAUGAGCGACAGAGCGAGCAUGAGCGACAGAGCGAGCGAGUCCCUGCUCCUGGAAAAGACCGAAGCGCUUCACGAGGCAAACAAAACAAUCACCAAACUCAAACUCCAUAUUCAAAAACUCUCCGAUGAGCUCAAGACAAAAUCCACUCUCCUCACAACCUGCAUUGAUGUGGCCCACCAGCAAUCCCUCCACCUAUUCUCCCUCCAAACAACCCUCCAGGACAAGCUACCCUGGGAGCCUCAAAGCCCGUCCACCACGUCCCAACCGCCAUCCACCGCCACACCCAACCUGGACUCAACAUGGACUGAAAUAACCACACGUGGCAGGAAAAUCCCCAACACCACCCCCUGGAACCCGACCGGGCCUACCUCAAGCUCCACUCCAAGCCGCUUCGAGGCUCCUGAGAAUCCUCCUGAGCCUGCAAACACCAGCAUCGACCAGUCCCUUCUCGGCGGUGACGUGGUGGCGUCCUCUACAGCGGCUGCCGGAGCUCCCAGGGCUCCUACACGGCCACCCGGCGGAGCCCCCGGGCCUUCGUCCACGUCCUCUGGUGCCCUCGCUGCGUGCCGGCUCGAGGACCGGGUUGCCUCCGCUCUUCUGGCGACCAGCUCCCGGGAGUCACCGGUCGCUGGCGCUAAGAACACCUCCCUGCCGGCGUACAGUGGGAUUCCCGUGUGGCCUGGCACUGGCGGAGGGGACCCUUCUCCGUCGGUCCCUGGUCACGUGCGGUGUCCCGGAACCCGCCUUGACCACAGCUCGGAGAGCCGGCCCGCGUCCUCGGCCGCCCGCAGGAGGUUUCUCCGGGAGGCAGUCCGACGGAACUCCGCCGGGCCCGCUUCAGCUGCCCCGCAGCCGCUGGCAUCCACCGUAUCGCUGAGUCCCCGUACCCCGGCCACCAGCCCUGCUUCGGACACAGGAGCCAUGCACCCCCCGCCGCUGUUUCCCCCCACCACCUUGAUCAUCGGUGACAGCAUCAUACGAGGUAUUCGUUAUUUUAACGCCAUCACUCGCUCUUUCCCCGGUGCAACUGUCGCCGACAUCACAGCAAAACUCCCCGGUCUUCUCCAAUCACUUCCUGCCUCUAUCCACCGCAUUAUUGUCCACGUUGGCUCCAAUGACACGGCUCACCAACAGUCUGAACAGACUAAAAAAGACUUCAGGACACUUCUCGAUAGCCUUAGGUGCAGCGGCAAAACUGUUUUUAUAAGUGGCCCUCUUCCAACACUGACACGUAGCAUCGAUCGUUUCAGCCGCCUCCUCAGCCUAAACUCCUGGCUUCGAGCCCUCUGCAGCACCCUCUCCACCCACUUCAUAGACAAUUUUAACCUGUUCUGGAACCGACCCCCAUUCUUUUCUAAUGACGGACUUCACCCAAACAAACUGGGCCAUCAGACACUAGCCGCUAAUAUCCAACACCACAUACACACCAACUGA